AUGAAAGCGUUGAUUUAUUCCUUGCUUGCAUACAUUUUGUUGGACGCAAAUGUCUUGGCAGUUUUGCUGGUUAAAGACCUCUCAUCAGGAAUUGUUGACGAGUUUGAGGAUUCGGAAGCACUUUUUGGUGGAGCAGUUUCUCAGGAGUCCUUAAUACUGGGACGAAUUUAUGCAUCCAAACCACUAGAAGGCUGUGUGGACCGAAUUCCCAAACCUAAAGAUGAUCACAAUUCAACUCUUCCUUACAUCUCACUCAUCAAACGUGGAGAUUGCUCUUUUGUAGAUAAGGCUUUAGCGGCCGAAAGAGGUGGAUAUAUUGCAACUGUUAUUUUCAAUGAUGUGGACGACAGUACUUUCCCAAUGGGUUACAAUUCGUCCACAAAUGUCAGUAUUCCUGUCGUAAUGGUUGGUUUGUCUGACGGCGAGCUCCUACUAAAUAAGUACUGCGUACCACAUUAUUUUGUUGAAAUACUACCUGCUCAUCGCCGAAGUAUCGUGUUGUAUCUUAUUCCACUCAUAACAUGUCUGCUGAUAUCUGUAGUCGCAUUGAGUGUGGCAUAUGGGAUUCGGCUUUUGAAUCGAUACCGGAGAAGAUAUCGUUAUUGCUUACCAGUAAAAGAGUUACGUAAAAUACCUGAAACUUUAUUUGUUAAAGACUCCAGUGAAUUCGAAACUUGUGCAAUUUGUUUAGAAGAUUAUAAAGAUGGUGAUAAAUUGAGAGUAUUACCAUGUGGGCAUGCUUACCACAGUAAAUGUGUAGAUCCGUGGCUUUUAAAACGUCGUGGUUUUUGUCCUAUAUGUAAGAAGAAAGUUCACAAUCGUCCUAGAGUCUACAUUUCAACUUCUACAAGAUAUAGACGCGCUUCUGCAUAUGCCACUACAUCUGAAGCUCCACUUUUGGAUGAUUCGUCUUUCGAAGAAGAUUCUGAUUCAGAAGAUACUACUUCAUCACCUCAGUUAAGUUUCUACAGUGGGAACGUCCAUUCAGAUGAACAUACUCCGCUUAUUAAUGCUUCUGUUGAGCAAUCAAGUGCUUCAUCACUUAGGCGAAUGAAGAUGACUACCUCAAUUCGUGAAACCUUGGAAAGCUUUCUGACAAAUGUAUCAAGUUCUUAUUCCAGAGGUCAUAAUUCAUCCGACUAUGAACAGGGAACUAAAGUUAAUACAGCUGUGGAAUUACAACCUGAAUGUUCUCAGAUUGUCGCUGAAUCCCUCGUAAAAGGUAAACAGUGUAGUGAAAGUGACACUGAUUCUGGACCAAAUAAUGAGAUCAAUGAUGGUCUGUCACCUUCAGUAAUGAUUACUCAUGUUGAAGUGCAUACGGAUUGUGAUUUAUUAUGUAUGCACAAAUCUCAUGCUUAA